AUGGCGCAGGCGGACAUCGGGCCGAGCAGCACGAGCGACGAUGAGACGAUGGGUCCGCGGCGCGGCGGUCGUCUGCUGAGCGGGGGCGGCGGGGGCGUGCCGGCUCCGCCGUACAGCAAGCAGGACAUCCGCGAGCAGUACUGCAUCACCAGCAAGCAGCUGGACGUGUUCGAGCGCCACCGCGCCUCCUCCGGCGGCGACUGGCUGCUCGGCUGCCUCUCCUCCUACCAGGAGGGCACGUGCCGCGCGGUGAAGCGGUCGUCGCUGCUGUCGGUGUGCGUGCGGCGGCGCGCCCCCAGCGACGAGAACCUGCCCGAGCUGUGCCGCCGCCCCCUGCCGCCGCCCCCGCCGCCCCCGCCGCCGCCGGCGCAGGCGCACCCCUCCGGCCGGCCGCACAAGCACGUCAGCUUCGCGCGCUCGCACACGCUCACCUCGUUCGACGUGGGCAGCUGCAGCCUGGCGCGCUCCAGGGAGCGCCUCGUCGACGGCAAGGAGCGCGCCGCCAUCAGGCCGCAACCGCCCGCGGACGGGCCCAAGGUGGUCGUGCUCGAGAAACUGAAGCGCGCGCCUAUGAAGACGCAGGCGACGCAGACGGACGUGUGUCUGGGGAGGAGACCUCUCGUGGCCAACUACCUGUCACUCAGCCCGCGCACCAUACACAGGGUGCGGAUGGUGUCGCAGUUCGCGCAGACCAACGGCGGUGGCGUGCUGGCCAACGGACGCGGCCGGCUGAUGAAGAGCUUCUCGGAGGCGGGGGGCUGCUUUGCGGACGGCGCAGCAGGCGGCCCAGGGGCGGGGGGCGUGGACGACACGUCGCACGAGCCGCUGCAGCGCACACAGUCCGAGGAGCCGCCGCGCUCGCCCUUCCUCGUCACCACGAUCCUGAUCGACUUCGAGCCGGCGCCGGUGGAGCGUCGGCCGCGGAAGCGCCUGCUGCAGAAGACGUUGUCGGAGGGCGAGAUAAUCGUUCAACGUGACAGACGCUUUCUAAGCCUGUCGGCGGUGGCGGACGAGGACGAGUUCCACGAGAACCUCAUCUUCCGCGGGCUGUUCCGCAAGCGGUCCGUGUCGCUGGAGGACGCGGGGCCGGCGUCGCUGGGACCCCUCGACAGCCCCGCCGCAGGGGAGUUCCACUCGGCGCCCCGCUCCUCGCCGUCCGCCUCCUGCGACUCGCUGGCCGGCGAGCUGCGCACCGACCACAGCGACGGCAUCUGGAACGAGUCCCAGGCCACGGUACUGCAGGCAGGCGAGGGGGGCGGCCUGGGCCUGGACACAGAGUGUGGGGCGGUGCCGGGCAGCCCCGGCAGCUUGGCGAUGACGCCGUCUUCCCGGCGGAAGCACCUGCUGCUGCUGCAGCACCAGCAACGCUCCUCCAUGGACACCGACGCCCUCGACGAGGAGCUCGACCUCUCCGACGUCACCCAGCCGCAGCAGCCCCUGUCUCCACGGAUUUGCAUCGACGCUCCGGUACAGCAGGCUAAUAGUGGGGCCAGUACCUGCAACGAAAGGCUGGAGCGCUACUCUCAGGACUCGGCAGGCCUGUCGCCCCGCCGCAGCCGCAGCCCACUGGGACACCGCACCUCAGAGGCCUCCGCCGCCUCCUCUCUGGAGUCCUGCGACCGCUUCUCCAGGAACGGCACAGGGACUGGCAACACUACGAUGACGAACACGACGACGACAACGACCAGCUCGGAGCUGGCCCGCACCGACUCUGGCCGCACCAACACCGACCUGUCGGAGACGAGCGAGGACUACGUGACGGCGGACGGCAACUCGCACACCGACACGGCGGGCUACGUGGCGUGGCCGGUGGGCACGCCCGUGUCCGCCCCCGGCGGCGUGGGGGCGGCGGGGGCGGGAGUGUACAUGCUAAUCACCAGGCACUCGCUCUUCGAAUCAUUCACCAGGAGUUCGAUCUUGCUGUCUGCCACCUCCACGCUGUUGCUCAUCUCCAUCUGCAGCUGCAGGACUAUUCUGCGAGAGUGGACCGAGGAGGAGCGCCGACGCCGCAAGAAGACGUUUCGGCUGGACUUCUCGCCGCUGGGCGCCGGCCCGCACACCGACUGGGACUCCCCGCCGUCCACAGGCUCUCGCACAACCCCAGAUGGCUGGCGGCGCGGCGGCACGCCCCCCGGAGCUCCGACACAAGCACCCUCCGCCACUUCCACGGCGCCGCGACGAUCCAAGGUCGCACAGGCGCACCGCCGACAGGCGAAGAAGUGCCUGGCGGCGGGCAUGGUGCGCAGCCCUGCCAUGCACGAGGGCUUCCGCGCGGACGACUGGGCGGCGCCGCUGCAGCGCUCCACGCCAGGCCACAGCCCGCCGGAGGGGGCGGCGCCGGGGGCGGGGGCGGCGGCGGGAGCGACGCCCUCCGGCAGCUCGCCGCGCCGCGUGCGCCGCAUCCGCGAGCGCAAGGCGGGCGGCCGCAGCCCCACGCAGGCCAGCUCCCGGCUCAGCCCGCUGCGGUACACGCGCAGCCCGGCCGGCAGCCCGUCCAGGCGGCGGCGCUCCAAGGGCUCCCCUAGCAGGAACACGGCGGCCGCCGCGGGCGCGGACGCCAAGACAGUAUGUUUGUUGGCGCCGCCGCCGCAGGAGGGCGUGGCCAGCCCCGAGGCGCAGCGGCUGAAGGCGCUGAGCGCGGAGUCUCUGCGCUCGGUGAGCCCGGGCAGCGACAGCGUCUUCUACUCGGAGGCGGGCGAGCUGAGCAGCAACACCAUGACCGCCGCCACCGACACCGCCGCCGGCGUCGUCUGCCACCACUGCGGCCGCGAGGUCGCCGUCCUCUCCGGGCCCGAGGAGCUGGAGAGCACGGCGGCGGACGGCCCGUCGCCGGACAUCGUGCAGCCGCCGGCGGGCUUCGCAGACUCCCCGGAAGGCCCCCGCCAGCAGGCGCAGCAGCAGCAGCAGCAACAGCAGCCGCGCCUCUACAAGAAAGCGGACCGCCGCUUCCGAUCGGAGGAGCGCCACGGCGAGCGACGACACACGCACUCCACCGGCCGCUACCGCUGCGACGGCGCGCGGGCCAAGUCCGAGGAGCGGGGGCGCGGCCGAGAGGACCGCGUGCGCCUCAGGCCCCUGGCGCGCUCCACGGACGCCAGCAUGGAGACGCUGCGCGCCGGCGACGCGACGGCGGCUGCGGAGGACGCGGGGCCGCCCGACGGAGCGCCCGCAGCGCCGCCGGCCGAGGGCGACGAGGACGCGGGUGUGUAUGCGGAAACGUACAAGAAAGCAACGUGGAUCUACAUUGGCGAAACUGAAGAGGUGCACGUGUGGCAGAAACCGGAAUCCAGGUCGCAGGACAAAGACGACAAGGCAAGCGACGGGACGAGCGAACGCCGGGACUCGCUCGAGUCGACCAUCUCUGAGCGGGACUUCCGUCGCAAGUACCAGGCCAUCACGCACCGCAUGGUGCACAGGAAGGCCACCGUCGAGAUGUACCGACGCCUCGCUAACGACUCCUUCGACUGCGACAAGACGGUGGUGGUGCGGCGGCAGUCCGGGGAGUUCGGCUUCCGCAUCCAUGGCUCCAAGCCGGUGGUGGUGUCCGCCAUCGAGCCCGACACCCCUGCCGAGUCGUCGGGGCUGGAGGUGGGCGACAUCGUCAUCACUGUCAACGGCCACGAUGUGCUCGACGCCUCCCACUCAGAGGUCGUCAAGCUGGCGCACGCAGGCUCUGAGACGCUGAAGCUGGGCGUGGCCCGGACGGCCAACGUGCUGACGCCGGUGCUGCGCGAGCCUGGCGCGGGCAAGGCGCUCUACUCGGGCUUCCUGUGGCGGCUGGGCGGCGCGGGCGGCACCACCUGGGUGCGCCGCUGGUUCUCCCUCAAGCGCGACAACUGCCUCUACUACUACAAGACUGACGCGGAGAGCCUGCCGCUGGGCGCGCUCAUGCUGCACCGGUACGCGGCGUCGCGCUGCGAGGCCGCCGGCCGACAGCACUGCCUGCAGCUGGCGCGCAAGGGCGGCCUGGGGCUGACGCUCGCCGCAGACUCGGAGGAGGCGCUCACGCGCUGGCUCGCCGUCCUCUCGCACGCCAUCGAGCGCAACAACCACGCGGACGAGUGGCUGGAGGCGACGCAGCGAGCCCUGCGGCUGCCCGCCAGCAGCGUGCUGCAGCCCGACUGCGCCGGCUACCUCACGCAGAUAGGGCCGAAAUGGCGGCGCCGCUUCUGCGUGCUCAAGGACGCCUGUCUCUACUUCUACCAGGACAGCACCGCGGACUCCGCCAUCGGGAUGGCGUGCCUGCACGGCUACCGGGUGCAGAACUGCGGCACGGGUGAGAAGCGCUUGUCCUUCGAGGUCCUGCCGCCCGAUGCUCGCCAGCGACACUUCUACUUCCAUGCAGAAUCGGAGCUCGACAAAAAGAAGUGGUUGGCGGCCCUGGAGUACUCGAUCGACCGGUGGAUCCGCGUGGGCUGACGGCGGUGCCACGCGUGCCGGCGGCGCGCCCGCUCCCGCUCGCGCUCGCGGCUGCUGUCCGAGGCGGCGCUCGCGGACGCAGAGGC